UAGUGCAAGAAACGAUCUAAUUUUUCCGUCAAUUCCGUGCAAGUCCGUAGACCGAUUAGCAGCAAAAUGAAACUCACCGUCGCGUUCCUUCUGCUGGGGCUCGUGUGUGCCGUGUACGCCCAGGCCGAUGCUGCCAAGGACGCAGCCAAGGAUGCAGGCGAUAAGGCCAAGGAUAAGGCCGCCAGCCUGCCGACGGAUGUGCCGAAGCUCGACAAGGAUGCUGUCACUACGCCCGACCCGAAGGAUGCCUCCAAGAAGGUGGAGGAUGCCGCCGGCAAGGCAAAGGAGCAGGCAGCUGAGAUCGGAAAGAAGAUCACCGAUACGUUCAAGCUGUAAACACGCGCAGCCCAAAUCAUGUAGUGGAGCUCGUUCGCUUACGGAAGUGACAUAAUAAUAAAUAUAAUGU